UGUCGUGUCACCUGUGCAUGUUAGAAUGCAAAGCUGAAUAGGUCAGACUGACGUGUGUAGUAAACUGUCUUUUCUAACAGCUUACAUGCAUGAAAGGCUGUCAAACGGCAAGCUGCCACGCCGUGAACAAAACUUCAAAACGAGCGAUGGCAAGGACUAUUAUGAAACAACUUGAGCUUCCAAAUUGCCAUGUCAUUGUCUGCAGAACAAUCGUGAUUGUUGUGCUGACCAAUGUGCAACACAUGGAUCUGACCAGUCUUAAUGAUCAGAACUUCUUCACGUUCCAUAGCAAUGGGAGCGGCUAUUGCUGUACCGCUCACCGGCUUGAUAGUUCCGUCAGCGCUGUCGAUGAUACGACAACGGUCGUUGAGACAAUGUCGCGGUGGAUUUGUUUUGCCUCAGGUCGAGAUCGGCGUUACUCUGCGCACGAGCUGCGGUAGCCUCUGGGCUGCGCAGAUAUUGGCCAAUACAGACGCGCGACUGCUGCCGCCAUGGGAAGGGCGUGUCAACUGUGCCACCUUGUUGCUCAGUGAACUCCAGGACAAGGCCAGCUUGACGCAGCGGCACAGAAUGCUUGCUGUGCCAUGAUUUCCGACGCAGCCUCAGCGAACGACGUAGGCAUGCUCAGGCCGCCAUGUGACCACUCG